AUGCUAUCUCUCGACGAAUGCGUUCGCUCAAACUUUAAGGAAAGGGCCGGCCCGGCGGACAACAACGGGCAAUUACGAAGACCAUCUCGAUCACCGCGAAGUCAGCGUAGCCGCAGCGCGGACGUGGACUGCCUGAAGAAGUACACGGAGCGUCGCGUGGAGGAACGCCGGCACACAGAGAUCGGCGACACCAGCAAAUUGGACACCUCAAAGUGGGCACCACUACCGAAGAAUGUGCCUCGGGGUGCCCAGCAAGGGGGAGCGAUCAAGAGACUCUCGAGGGACGAGCGGCAUGAGAGCGUCGACGAGUCGGCGGCGGGAGCCGAGAAGUGGCCGACGAGAUCACCCCCGUCGACCGAGUCUCGAACCUCCAGGAUCGCGCCCGAGGUCGUCGUCGGUCGACCUCAGCACGCCGUCAGGAGUCACAGCACCGACGUGACUGCUCUUAAGAGGCCGGAGAAGAGCAUCACCGAGCAGCGAAGGCACACGGACUGCAGCGACCCGCGAACUAUCGCCACGAGAUGGCUACCACAAAUUAAUGGUGCGAAGUUUCAUCGAGAAACGUCUCCCCUUGCGAGAAUUGGCUGUGAAAUCACGAAGAGCGCGACUAGCCGGUGGAUGACGUUCGCGAAAAGUCCAUCACCCGACCCUGUGUCAAGGAUAAAUCCCGAGAGAAUGGAUUCUAUGAUGGAGCACGAUAAAAGGAACAGAGACUCGCGCAAGGACCUUUCAAGAGACGCGGACGCCUCCAAGUGGCAACCCCCCAGAAAGUUCUCCCCAGCGAAGAGCGAGAAAGGACGCUUACAAAGGCAAGAUGAGCUGGAUAUUGGCAGAGAUCGCUCGUCGAGCUUUGUCGACACUAAUGAGCGACCGAAAGACCGCUCCUUGAGCUAUAUCGACACUAACGAGCGAGCGAAAGACCGCUCCUUGAGCUAUAUCGACACUAGCGAGCGAGCGAACAAGCUCAGCGAACGUAUACGAGACUUGUAUGAUUUCAAAACGGAGAACGAGUGGCCGAAGAGAGCGGGGACAUCCCGGGACAACACUUGGAUCAGCAAGAGCAGCAGCGAGGAGGAGAGGCCGAUUAAUUAUAAGCCGAUUCGCAGGAACAGUCAGGAUUUAGAAUUUAACGACAGAAUCGAUAUCUUCAAGUCCAAGGCUCCACAGGAGGAGGAAGUCGAACCUCCACGGAGGCCGAAACGCAGUACUCACAAUGCCAGCGAGGUGUUCGCGGACGAGUAUGACGAGCGUCUACGAAGGUUCAACGAAAAAUUGCGUUACAGCACUUACAAUGAGGAUCUCAGCGCGGCGCGGGCUCGCGGUCGCGAACGGCGCACCUACUCGGACGACUACGACGAGAAGGUCCGGCGGGAGUCUCGUUCGUCCCGGCAGCCGGAACUGGUGACGUUUAAGCGGGACAGACCGGAAGCGCCGGCAAUCAGGAGGCUGGUGGACAAGGAGAACAAACGGAAUUCGGACGUGAGCAUGAGGCCGCGUGAUUCCCAGGUCAGCUACGUGGAGAUAGACUUCACGAAGAAGAACUCGCGCACCAGCGACGCCAGCUACGCCAGCGUGAACCUGGGCAAGCGGGGCAGCGUCGAGUGCAGAAGCGCACGGCAGAUCCUCGACGUCCCGCCGAGGAGAGCUUUCAGCCAGAGCGACGAGCGUCCGGCCACCCCGGUGCCGCCAAUUGAGUUCAACGACGAACGAUACGUCCCCAAGAAAUUGUCGGAACCUUCGGAAAGUACUAGAUAUAAAGUGUACUUAACAUAGGACAUGCCUGCGAGAGCGGGCAUUUCGCGAAGCGAAUGCCGCUUUCGCAGGGUUUUAGAUUAACAUUUCCGAAGUUAAUGAUGAGAAAGUACAAGUUCGACGUGCGUGGAGAAAUAACCAUAUGAAGAGAAGUGCGCAAAAGUCAGGUGUCAAUAGUAGUGUGUUGCAAAUUUAAAUUCGUUGCACAGUGUUAACUCGGUGUUGGACAUUGCUCGAUCAUUCUUGUCGAAUGAUAAAAAAAACGAAAUUUUAAAUAUCUCUGUGAAAAUGAAUGAAUAUAAGAUGUAAGCAAUCCGCGAUAAAAUACGAUGAGUUGUUGUCUGUGAAUAACUGUGUUAAACAUUCAAGUGUUUAUUGUGUUCAUUGUAGAACAAUGCGAUGUGUAAGCAGAUGGAUGUACAAAACUCACAAAUAUAUUCUGUUACAGAUCCUACAAUGAAUGGCACCCAACCGGGCGCGGGGAGCCUGAUACAUAAACAUAUUUGUAGCAGGUUUACAAUGAGCCACAUAACCAGAAGUUUCCUAUUCGUGUUUUCAUAUUGGUGUUGAAAAGAUAACUGCGAUAUUAAUAAUGUACAAAUGAUGUAAUAUCAAAAAUAAUAAAAUAUUCUUUGAAGAAAGUGCUUUUUUCGCCGAGAUUUUUAUGUGUACAUAGACUUUAGACUUUUGUCUUCCUGUAAUCAUGGCUCUCUUGAUAAUUGAAAAGCAAUUCUUAUUUUUAAAAAUACUGUAAAAAUAUACGUUUUUUUAUAAAAUAUUAGUUGAUGUAAUGUUUUCCAAUAGUCAAAAUAUCCAACAAAUUCAAUCUGGAAGAAUCAAUCUAAUUUGAAUUUAAUAGAACAUUCGCAAGAUAUUAUUUUUAGAAAGAAAAAAUAUU